CACCAUCGUAGUUUCACAUUACAAAUAAUAUCUAAUAAGCAAGCUACACAUUUUGUAAAGACAUGGAAAAGGACAACGUUGUUUUGUUGGAUUUUUGGCCAAGCUCAUAUGGAAUGAGAGUGAAAAUUGCGUUGGAGGAGAAGAGAGUCUCAUAUGAGUGUAGACAAGAAGAUUUUCAAGCUAAAAGCUCUCUUCUUUUAGAGAUGAACUCGGUUUACAAAACGAUCCCGGUUUUGGUUCAUAAUGGAAAACCUAUAUGUGAAUCACUCAACAUUGUUGAGUACAUUGAUGAAGCUUGGAAUCACAAACCUUCUCUUUUGCCCUCCGAUCCUUACAACCGAUCCCAAGCCAAGUUUUGGGGAGAUUACAUUGACAAACAUAUAUACAACAUUGGAAAGAAGGUAUGGACAGGAAAGGGUAAACAACAAGAAGAGGGUAAGAAGAAGUUUAUAGAAUGUUUGAAGACUUUAGAAGGUGAGCUUGGAGAUAAGCCAUAUUUUGGUGGAAAUGACUUUGGAUAUGUUGAUGUGGCUCUUAUUCCCUUCACAAGUUGGUUUUAUACAUAUGAGACUUAUGGGAAACUAAGCAUAGAGGAAGAGUGUCCUAAGCUUGUGGCUUGGGCCAAAAGGUGUAUGGAAAAAGAGAGUGUGUCAAAGUCACUCCCUCACCCUCACAAAAUCUAUGCUUUUGCAAUGGAGUAUAAACAUAGUCAUGGACUUGAUUAGAUUUUGUUGCGGAUUUUUUAGGAGAAUAAUCAAUUGGACUUUGAAAUCACAAAGAUUGAAGUAUUAUUAUAUUAUAAAAUAUGAAUUAUAUUUGCGUAUAUUGCUAAUAUAUAUAAGUUUACGUUGUCAUGUAAUAUGCCAUUACCAAUAAAUUAUUGUCGCGGUAGUGUGAUUAAAGUUUAUAUUUAUAACUGAUUGAAAUUUAAAAUUUUGAUUCGUAGUUCUUGUAAUCAAAGUACAAAGAAAU